GGCCGGGCCAUGGUGAUCCUGGCCACAGAGCUAGCCGCGCAACCCAGCGCCCCGGAGCUCGCGCCGCCGAGCGCCCAGGCUGUGGUUCCCGGGCGGGAUCCCGGGUUCCCCGCCUUCCCCGGCACCCGGGCGGGCCAUGCACCGGGGCUAGAGCGUAGCCGCCGGCAUGCUGCUCCCGCUGCUGCUCGCCGCGCUCUGCCUCGCCGCCCGCCCGGCGCCCGCGCACGCCUGCCAGCUGCCCUCGGAGUGGCGACCCCUGAGCGAGGGCUGCCGCGCAGAGCUGGCCGAGACCAUCGUGUAUGCCAAGGUUCUGGCGCUGCACCCCGAGGUGCCGGGCCUCUACAACUACCUGCCUUGGCAGUACCAAGCUGGAGAGGGAGGGCUCUUCUAUUCUGCCGAGGUGGAGAUGCUGUGUGACCAGGCGUGGGGCAGCAUGCUGGAGGUGCCCGCCGGCUCCCGGCUCAAUCUUACGGGUCUGGGCUACUUCUCCUGUCACUCCCACACGGUGGUCCAGGACUACUCUUAUUUCUUCUUUGUCAGGAUGGAUGAAAAUUACAAUCUCUUGCCCCAUGGAGUCAAUUUCCAAGAUGCCAUCUUUCCAGACACACAAGAAAACAGAAGGAUGUUCUCCAGCCUCUUCCAGUUUGCUAACUGUUCCCAAGGGCAGCAGCUGAUGACCUUCUCGAGUGACUGGGAGAUCCAGGAGGACAACAGGCUCAUGUGCUCCUCGGUGCAGAAGGCCCUGUUUGAGGAGGAGGACCACGUCAAGAAGCUGCAGCAGAAGGUGGCCACCCUGGAGAAGCGCAACAGGCAGCUCCGUGAGCGGGUGAAGAAGGUCAAGAGGUCUCUGAGGCAGGCGCGGAAGAACAGCCGCCACCUGGAGCUGGUGAACCAAAAACUCAAUGAGAAGCUGGUGGGCGCAGGUGUUCAACAACACAUCAAUGCCCUGGGCCGGGAGCCCGCGCGCGCCCCCUACCUGCACGGGUAGCUGGUGCAGGCGGAUGCCGGCCUGCCUUGCCCGUCCCAGCGGAGGAGAGAAUAAAAAAGCGGGUUCUGUAACAUGCACUUACUUCAAACUUUAUAGGAGAUACCCGUUAGACAUUUGGUAGCGUCUAACAGGGUAAAACGGCAAGUCUUAGUUUAUUUCCCAUCGGGUGCUGGCCUUACUGGCCACUCGGCUUCAGACCCUACGUGUGGCAUGCCCUUUUUCUGUCCUGGUGCCACCCAAAUACCUUAAAGCUCAGAGGCAGUGGGAUCCCCAGGUUCUGGCCCAUCCCGGGUCUGGCCCUCAGCCUCUAGGGAAUCUCUUCAUUGUGGAGAGAUCAUUCUAGAAAAGAACAUACAUGAAGAUAUGACGGGACUCUGUUUUUAAUUUCAGAAGAGAGUCAGCGUGAGUCUCAGCAACCAGAACUGGCACAAGCAGGCGUUCUGGAGAGCCGCUGUUCUAGAGAACAUUCUGGAAUGUUCUGCUGCGUUUGCCCAUGGUUUUAGAAAAGCAGGGCGCCUACAUGCGAGUGUGCAGGGCACCCGUAGUCAAAUCAGUAUUUCCCUCACAGCCGAAGCAUGUUAAGGCUUAAUGAGUUCAUCACAGGUAAGGGAACUGAGCAGGGAGCUGAGCAGCUGGUAAUUGGUAAAGAUAAAUUAUAUCAGUUUUCCAACCCCAGCUCCCCAGGGCUGACAUGAUACUCACAGGCUGUUUUAAUCUAAAGAGUAAUUGUUUUGGUGGACACACCAUGUUUCAUGAUGCUGAGAGUCGCACUAGCAUCUCCUGCUUGCUUGGCAAGUCUCUACCGCUGGGCUGCACUCUCAGCCCCGCUGUACUUCUGACCCGGAUCUCUUUUGAUGGACAUUUCAAGAUGUUUUCAACCCUUGUUCCCAAAUUGGAGUUUAGCUCAGACUCUGUGGAGUCUUAACUCUGUUUGUUCAGCCUGCCACAUCUUCAAGUUCAAGGUCAAGGCCCCAACACACUGAGAUUGCCUGCUCUGCAAAUACAUCUCCCUGCCUGGUGGGAUUCAGAAAGGGCUUUGUCCAGGUAUUCCAACCCAAGCUUCUACACAUACCCCAAACCCCUAUCCCAGAAACACACACAUGCUCUCUGCACAGGUUCCCCACAAAAAAAAAUCUGUGCAUAGCCUGAUAGAAAUAUUUGCAUAACAGUGUACUUUCGUUUAAUCAAUUCUUUAACAAAAAGUUUUCUUUGGAAAGAAAACUUCAAGGCAGUUCAAUAGAGCGCUCUCACUGUCCUUACCACUGCCAAGGUUGGUCACGUCUCAGCUGUAGUUUUCAGAAGUCAGCUGUGUGACUGUGCUUCAUCUCCCCUGUUGCCCGCCCUUUAGACCAAAUGCCCUUCCAUGUUGUCCCUUCGAUAGAAAGAAUCCUUUGGCUCUACAAUGUCAACCUCCCAAAGUCCACUCCAGACACAUGAGGCUGAUAAAAUGGCUGUUACCGUCACACUGCUACCUUUCUGCUUUUAGGAAGUCCAGGCACCUCUCUGAGAAGUACCUUGAAAUGUACGAGUAUUACGCCCUGGGCUGCACUGGGGAUGAUGGGAACUUUUAUUUGGGGACCAAUUUUCCUCCACAGCCCCUUUAGCAGUGCUGUUCAUAAUUUGCUACAUAGAUGAGCUUUCUCGUUAAUUCUCCCUGGGAACAUUUCAUUAGAGUGGUUUUGUUACCUCCCAAGAGAAUGGCAGGCUUAGAGGUGGCAGAGCCACGACUCAGAGAAAUGUGGAGGCCAAGAUGCGUUAUGUUCUGCUUUUCCAAUAAACAUGAGCAGUGAUUCCAA